AUUGACUAGGGGUGUAUUGCCAAAUCAAUGAUGGGAUCGGCAGAAGAUUGGGCGUUUGAAUGGGAGUCAUGGAAAGCACCAGCGUUGGACGACCUGCUUCCAGAGCUCUCCCGUGAGGAGCAGGUACGAUUGCAGAGCUAUCUGCAGGAGCGGGAGCGCAUCCUGAAGGGUCAGAUACUUUCAUGCACCAUUGAGCGUGACGCCUCCAUCAUCUCCCAUGCCCGCCACGCUCUCCACCAUUACAAUGUCAAACACCCAGGUGAAGACUUUGAUGUUGUGAAGCCUCUGAUGGUAGCCAAUGCGCGUUUCAAGGGCCAGAUGUGGUUCCACGCCAACUUCUGGGCUCGCUGCCGCAAGAGCAAAAAGAUCAAUCGCUUCUUUGCCGAGGUGCACUACAACUACAAGCCACCCGGCAGCAGCUCUGGCUGCUCAGACCUGCCAUAUCCUGUCCCAGGAGCUGAGAAGCCACUCAGCAGCAGCUCCGUCUGCGCGGACCUACCAUUUCCAGUCCCAGAAGCUGAGAAGCCAUCCAGCAGCUGUUCCAUCUGCUCGGACCGGCUAUUUCCAGUCCCAAUUCCCAUUGUUGAAGCAUGCACCAUCAUCGAAGAGCCUCAUGGCAAGUACAGGAGGAGCUGCGCAUUCUGUCGUGGUCACAUGGACAAUUUGCACCCCAAGGGUCGUAAGUUUGUCUGGGGAAACGACAAGGACAGGAUAGUACAACGACUCCAGCCGUGCGGGUCUAUAGGGCUUGGGAUGCCAUUCACUUGCCGCCCGGCCCUGCCCUCUCCCAACAGUCAAGAACAGGAAGGAGAGACGAGGGAAUUCUGAACUGGCCCCUUGCAUGCCCUUUCUUCACAUUGCUGUGACCAGUCAAGUCUUGUGGUAGGCUGGUAGCAGAAAUUCAAUUGUGUUCAUAGAUCUUGAGCAAAUUUCGUAUGCGAUCUCUAGCUCAUUGUUACCUGAGGUUUAUAGAUACUUGUGCAUUUCAUUUUGAGACCAGAUACUCUGCUAUUCUG